AUGGGAGAUAUCAAGUAUCAAGUCCUCGUGGUCUCGGAAGAUGAUAAACCUACCGCUAGCAAACGCCGCGCUAUCUAUCUCCGCCCAUUCCUCCUCUUCUGGCUGAACUCGCUCAUUGCGGAGGUGAUAUUUCUCGCUGUGGGAGUCAUUGUCAUGACCGGUACACGGGACCUUCUCUACAAAAUUUUAUGGACGCUGCUUUUUUGUCCUCUUGGAAUGGGUGGUGCAAUGGGUGGAAUCGUCAACUAUUUUAUCGUGGACCAUCACUACGGGACGAAAGCAGUACAUUUCACGGCUCUAAUCGGUCUAUUUAUCUUUGGAAGUUGCAACUAUCUGUGUUAUAAUUUGGAUCGGCAUUUCGGUUGGUUUGGUGCCACCGAGCAUCCAUGGUGGUUCCAUUGGAGGUACCCAAUGAUUUAUGUGGUGGGAUAUGUCAAUGGAAAAUUGCUCUUUACGGAUAAGGGACAGGAGACAUUGGCACGCUGGGGAGUUUGA